UAUAAGCUUGUUGCAAUCAUGGACGAAUCCUGUUUUCCAGCACAGACAAGUCUCAGAGAAACGAGUUUCAAACAUGAUGCGCUUAAUUAUCAUCCUGGGUUUUGCAGUCUUUGCUUCUGCAACUCCAAUUGAUCUUCAAGUUAACCUUGGAGAUCUUCCUAUGCAGAAUCCCGAUUUAUUCGGUGGAGAUAUGUUGGGAGUUGAUGUCUCGGACCGUAACGUCAUUCCUCAUCCACAUUUGAGAUGGACUAACAAGAAAGUUCCAUACGUCAUUGAUCCUUCUCUAAUUCGUUACACAGGUGUUAUCUCACAAGCUAUGGACGACUACCACAAAAAAACAUGCGUGAAAUUCGUUCCAAGAACAUUGGAGGCCAAUUACAUUAGGAUUUUUGCUGGACAAGGGUGCUAUUCAAAUGUUGGUAUGAUUGGCGGACAACAACCUGUUUCGCUGGGACAGGGAUGCAUGUUCAAAGGCACUAUUGUACACGAACUUGGUCAUGCUCUCGGCUUCUUCCAUGAACAGAACAGGUCCGACAGAGAUGAAUACCUCACCAUAUACUGGGAAAAUAUUCAGACCGGUAAAGCAUUUUAGUUCUGGAAUAAAAGACUUAGCAGU